AUGUCAUCCAAUGAACAAGCAUCGUGGCAACAGAACAAUCGACAGUUAGCAUCUUCAACUAAUCAACCAGUCAUGCACAACAAUAAUGUUUCGAAUAAUUUCCAAUUAGUACUUUUGCCAUUCUUUGAACAGUUAACCAACAUGUAUUUCACACCAACCACAUCAUCAAAUAUCCUUUCAAUUGUUAACGAAUCCCAAACACUACCAAACGAAACCUCUUUCCAUCCACAAGAAUCCGAAACCUUGUCAACAGUUAGACACAGUUCAAAUUCUUCCGAAAAGAAACGAAAGCACAAAUCUGCAUGCGUCUAUUGUAACAAGCUGCACAAAAAAUGCGAUGGUGAAGCUCCAAAUUCAUGCACAAGAUGUAAAUCAAAGGGAAUUAGUUGUGCUUACCUACCACCUCAGAAAAGAGGCCCAAAGAAGAGAAAAUCGUCAUCAUCUGAUGAUUUAGAAAAUUCAGAUAAUGUCACUAAUCAUGAAAUUGCAGUAGAUGAAAAACAAUCAAAUAAUUCUAUCGAUCAAUUUAAUGAGAAUCAUUCUCAAGCAUUCCCCAUUACUUCUUUAUACUCAAGUCCAUUAAGUGGACUUCAAUUUAAUGUCACCACUCAAACAAGAACUCUCAUGAAUCAAUUUUUAGAUUGUGUAACAUGCCACUCACUAGUAGAUGGUCCAAUGUUAGAUCAAUGCCUCAAUUCAUCUCUCAUGAGCCCAAUUAAUCACUCACCAGAUCCUUAUGGCUUCCAUUUAUUGCUCAACAUCGUCUGUGCAAUGGGAGCUCAACGAUUGGAGGAUCGAAAGAAUUGUGUCGACUUUUUCAAUAGAGCUAGAUCUCAGGCAAGUUAUCUAUUCGAUCAUCCUUCUAGAGAAGCUUCGUGUGCUUUGAGUUUGAUGGGAGUGUAUGCUUGUUCAGAAGGUGAAAGAGUAAAGAGUCAUAUGUAUAACAGGAUUGCAUUGGAAAUGUCAUCGAGCAUAUGUUCAUAUCAGGUUGAGGAUGACAAAUUUUAUCAAGCUCUUUCAGCACUUUCAUUUGCAAAUUCCAUUUCAAAAUUUUUGGCAGAAUUGGGAGUAAACAAGUUGGAAGAAAUUGAGAAAAUAGAUGAAAAUAUGCAGAAAAUAGUGGAGGAGACAAGUAAUUAUCUCACAUCAUCCAAAUGUACUCGAAAGAUUGAACAAUUAGAAAGGAAAAUUAGUGAAAUGUCACUCAUUAAGGGAAGUGAAGAAAUUUCCUUCACCGCCACUUUGGUUUAUUACUUGCUGUAUUCUAGAGUUGCAUACUUAUCAAAUAAUCAGACAGAGUUGAUUGGGAUAUUGAGAAAAUUGGAAACUCUGGAAAAGUAUAUUGAAUCUGACAAGUUCCAGAAACAUGAUAUUCAAAAGAAUGUCCACCGAUUCUGUCUCUAUUCUUUGAGGGCUGACAUUUUGGUGAGGUGUGGCUUGGAAAAGAUGGGUUUACAUUGCGCUACAAUGGCCAGUGGAUUGGCAUCGAGGGCAACUUUUUGGAAAUCUGCUCCUUUCCAAAUUCGUAGUGUUGAAAAAUACUUUGAGCGAAAUGACUCAAUUGAUGAGAAAAAGGAGAGAUUUGAAUGA